ACACAGCGCCCACAGCCGCCUCCACACUGCCCCUCCUCUCCAAAGACGACCCAACCCACAUCCUCGCCCCGUAUUCUGCUCGACUCCACAAAGCUUCCCCGAUCUUCCAGCAGCGACAUUCGCAAGCGUGGACCCCAGACUAGUCUCCGCUUUGCACAUUCCGUACAAGUCGACGCCAAUCUUCGCGUAGGAGUCGUGCGACCCUGGGGUUGA